AUGGACAAACUGCCAACCUUCAGUGACUCCUGCAUGGGACAGAUGUCCAGACUUUGCUAUCGGGACCAUUUUGCUACUUUUCAUUUGUGCCCAGAGGACCUCAAUCAGUUCAGCAUCCCUGAAGAGUUGCCUCUGCUUCCAUUGGCAGCAGAACUUCCAACUCCUGAGAAUUUCUACAACAAUCCUUGUGGUUUCCCAUUUCAAGUCCCAUGUGGAAAUUUCAGCAGAUGUGAGUACUCUUGCAGCCCAGCGUUCAUCCGAAAAAGAAAUGAAAGGGAAAGGCAGAGAGUUAAAUGUGUCAAUGAAGGCUAUGCCAAACUUAGACACCACUUACCAACAGAAUACUUAGAGAAACGGCUCAGCAAAGUUGAAACCCUCAGAGCUGCAAUUAAAUACAUAAAGUAUCUCCAAUCUCUACUAUAUGACGAUUCAGAGGGGGAUUGCAGGGGAGCUCAUCAUUCCCCCCCCAAGGAGCUCUCAAAAUGA